AUGCAGGGCCUCGCCGGCAGCGCGCUGCUGCGCCCCGUGGCCCCCGCGCGGCCCGUCCCUGCCCGUGCCGCCACGGCGCACAUCCCCGCCCGGCACUUCGCGGCCGCGCGUCCGUUCGCGGCCCCCGCCCGCACCGGCCGCCACCACCUCCUCAUCGUCAAGGCCGUGGACAACAUCGAGGCCGAGACGCAGGGCAAGUUCGAGAAGACGUUGGAGAAGAUCACGGAGAGCUUCACGUCGGUCCGUACGGGCCGCGCGAACCCUUCCAUGCUCGACCGCGUCAACGUCGACUACUACGGCGCGGCCACGCCGCUGAACUCGAUCGCGGGCAUCAGCGUGACGGACGCCACGACGCUCGUGAUCCAGCCGUACGACAUGGCCGCCAUGAAGGACAUCGAGAAGGCGCUCAUGGAGUCGGACCUGGGCAUGACGCCGAACAACGACGGCAAGGUCAUCCGGCUCAUUCUGCCGCCGCUGACGGAGGAGCGCCGCAAGGAGCUCACCAAGACGGUGUCGAAGCUGGGCGAGGAGGGCAAGGUGGCGGUGCGCAACAUUCGGCGGGACGCGAUGAAGGCAGUGGAGAAGGCGCAGAAAGAUAAGGACUCCCCUAUCUCCGAGGACGAGGCCAAGGGCCUGGAGGAGGCCAUCCAGAAGCUGACGGACGCGGCCGUGAAGAAGGUCGAGGAGGCCGUGGCCGCCAAGAGCAAGGAGCUGACCACGGUGUGA